CAGCAAUUGAAUUUAUUUAUUAUUAUAAAACACAAAUAGUUAUAACAAUUUAGAGGGCAGCACUGUUGAUUGCACCAUCUGACUUCCUCCAAUUUCGACAGCUAUGUAUUUAGUCACUGUUAAUCAGAUGAUUCUUAACCUUUUGUUGUGAAACUUAUUUACAAAGAAAUAUAAUUCUUUCUAUGAAUUAUACAUGUAUUUAUUAAAAUUAAUAAAAAUUGGAAGAGAUAUCAUGUUAUGAAUAUUGGAUAUUGCAUACAAAGCAUAUAUAUCAUUAAUAAAAUAUAUUUUGAAACAAAGAAAUGUUUCUAAUUUUUUAAUAUAAAAAUAAAUAUAAAUUAUAAAAUUUUAAUAAUAAAAUCAUUUUAAGAAGUGUGCAAUCAUGACCGAAGCAUGUGAUUCUAUAGUGGUAGUUAAAGCGAAACCAGUGCGUAAAGUAUUUAAAGCUCCAUUUAAAGUAAACAAAGUUCCUGAAGAGAUUUUAAAUGAUCAGUUAUUAAAUUCAGCUAUUGCUGUAUUACCAGCUAAUUACAAUUUUGAAAUACAUAAAUCAGUAUGGAGAAUUAAAGAAGCAAAAGCCAAAAGAGUUGCGUUACAAAUGCCUGAAGGACUUUUAAUGUAUGCUACAACUAUAGCUGAUAUAAUAGAAGAAUUUACAGGUGCAGAAACUGUUAUAAUGGGGGAUGUUACUUAUGGUGCAUGUUGUAUAGAUGAUUAUACUGCAAAGGCAUUAGAUGCAGAUUUUUUAAUUCACUAUGGACAUUCCUGUUUAAUACCAAUUGAUCAAACAGUUGGUAUUAAAGUACUUUAUGUAUUUGUCAAUAUAAAAAUUGAUCCUUUACAUUGUAUUGAGUGUUUACAAGCUACAUUGCCAAUUACAACUAAAAUAGCGCUUGUAAGUACCAUACAAUUUGUAGGCACAUUACAAGCAAUUGCGUUAGAAAUGAGAAAAAAUGGUUAUGAAAUAUCUAUACCACAAAGCAAACCAUUAAGUCCUGGUGAGAUUUAUAUUUAUAUAAAGAUUUUAGGCUGCACAGCACCACAAAUUCGAUGUGUUGAUGCACUUGUUUAUGUAGGAGAUGGACGAUUUCAUUUGGAGGCAGCAAUGAUUGCUAACCCAAAAUUACAAGCAUUUCGAUAUGAUCCUUAUGAAAAGAAAUUAACACAAGAAUUUUAUAAUCAUGAAGAAAUGCUAAAAACUAGAUUAAUGACAAUUGAGCAUGCAAAAGAAACUGGCAGAUUUGGAUUAAUACUUGGAACUUUAGGUAGACAAGGAAAUAUCAAUGUUCUUAAAAAUUUAGAAAACAAAAUUAAAUUAAUAGGAAAAGAAUAUGUGAUUAUAUUGCUCUCAGAAAUAUUUCCAGAUAAAAUUAAACUAUUUAAGGGUGUCCAUGCUUUUAUACAGGUUGCGUGUCCACGAUUAAGUAUAGAUUGGGGUACCGCUUUUGAAAAGCCAUUUCUUACACCUUAUGAAGGAGCUGUUGCUCUAAAAAUGGUAAAUCAUAACAUUGAUAAACCAUAUCCCAUGGAUUUCUAUGCUUCUAUUAGUCUUGGGCCAUGGACUCCUAAUUAUAAGGAAUGUGACUUAGAAAAACAAGUUGAUACCUGUUGUGGUAAAUGUAAAGAUAAAACAUAAAUAAUAAAAAUUAUUUUAAUAUUA